CUCGCAUCUGCUAUCUGCCGCCGCUGCUGCCGCGUUGCGUACGGUCGUGGAGCGGUGGGAGAGAGAGAGAGAGAGAGAGAGAGAGAGAGAGAGAGAGAGAGAGAGAGAGAGAUGGUGGGAUCGAUGAAGCACCUCGUGCAGGUCGGGGAGGCGCGGGAGGCGGCGGCGGAGGACGGAGGGGCGCCCUCGGCCGGGCCGGCGUACCGCUGCGCCGCCGGAGGGGGCGCGGCCUCGCCGCCCGCAGUGCCGGGGCUCGAGUGCUGCUGGGACAUAUUCCGGAUGACGGUGGAGAAGUUCCCGGGCAACCCUAUGUUGGGCCGCCGCGAAAUCGUCGACGGCAAGGCUGGCAAGUACACGUGGAUGACUUAUAAGGAAGCGUACGACACCGUGAUCAAGGUGGGCGCAUCCAUCCGGAGCCUUGGCGUUGGAAAGGGUGGACGCUGUGGCAUUUACGGAGCCAAUUGCCCUGAGUGGGUUAUCAGCAUGCAGGCCUGCAAUGCCCAUGGCAUAUACUGUGUUCCGUUGUAUGACACACUUGGUGCCGGGGCUGUGGAAUUUAUACUUUGCCAUUCUGAGGUAGAAAUUGCUUUUGUAGAGGAAAAGAAGAUAGGAGAGGUACUCAAGACAUUUCCCAAUGCAACGAAAUAUUUGAAGACAAUUGUGAGCUUUGGAAAGGUCAAUUCUGAACAAAAGGAAAAGGUUGAACAGCAUGGUGUGUCCAUCUACUCGUGGGAAGAGUUUUUGCAGUUGGGGGGUGAAGAAAAGUAUGAACUUCCUACAAAGGAAAAGGAUGAUAUCUGUACAAUAAUGUACACCAGUGGAACAACUGGUGACCCUAAGGGAGUUCUAAUCUCCAACAGGAGCAUUAUUACUAUUAUUUCAGCAGUAGAUGAGUUCCUUGGAAACUCAAAUGAGAAGCUUAGAGAAGAUGAUGUUUACAUUUCAUAUCUCCCACUUGCCCAUAUCUUUGACCGUGUACUUGAGGAAGUGUUCAUUCACCAUGGUGCAUCAAUUGGAUUUUGGCGUGGAGAUGUCAAACUCUUGGUAGAAGACAUUGGAGAACUCAAGCCAACAAUUUUCUGCGCUGUUCCACGUGUACUAGACAGAAUUUACGGAGGAUUGCAAGAAAAAGUUUCGACUGGUGGUUUCCUGAAGAAGACACUGUUUGGUGUUGCUUACAAAUACAAACAAGGGAAUAUGGUGAAAGGAAGCAGGCAUGAAGAAGCUGCUGCCAUUUUCGAUAAACUAGUAUUUACCAAGGUUAAACGAGGAUUGGGUGGCAGAGUACGACUUAUUUUAUCUGGCGCAGCUCCCCUGUCCAAUCAUGUUGAAGAGUUCCUGCGAGUGGUAACAUGCUCCCUUGUUCUUCAGGGCUAUGGUCUCACAGAGACCUGUGCUGGGUCCUUCGUUUCCCUGCCAAACAACAUGUCGAUGCUGGGAACUGUAGGCCCUCCAGUCCCCUAUGUCGAAGUACGCCUCGAGUCUGUUCCUGAGAUGGGAUAUGAUGCAUUGUCAAAAGAAUCACCACGUGGGGAGAUUUGUAUAAGAGGGGACACCUUGUUCUCAGGAUACUAUAAGCGAGAUGACCUGACAAAGGAGGUUUUGGUAGAUGGAUGGUUCCACACAGGAGACAUUGGUGAGUGGCAGCCUGAUGGAAGCAUGAAGAUCAUUGAUCGAAAGAAGAACAUCUUCAAGCUCUCCCAGGGAGAAUACGUCGCUGUGGAGAAUUUGGAGAACAUAUUCGGUCAAGCUCCUGGUGUUGACUCGAUUUGGGUGUACGGGAAUAGCUUCGAAUCUUGCUUGGUUGCAGUGGUUAACCCGAACAAGCAAGCUCUAGAACGCUGGGCAGAGUCAAAUGGCGUAACUGGAGACAUCACUUCGAUAUGUGAAAAUCCUAAAGCAAAAGAGUUUAUUUUGGGAGAAUUAACCAAGACUGGCAAAGAAAAGAAACUCAAAGGCUUUGAGCUCAUCAGGGCCGUUCAUCUGGAGCCAGUGCCGUUCGAUAUGGACCGCGACCUAAUUACUCCGACAUACAAGAAGAAACGUCCACAGCUGCUCAAAUAUUAUCAGAGCGUCAUCGACAACAUGUACAAGAACAUGAAGUAGGCUGGACACAUGGCGUUACGGUUAGCGGAACUUCAUCAAACUAGAAAUUUGAUUUGGACAAAGAAAUAGCUGGUGAUAGCUAGGAUUAUUUUGUUUUCAAUUUCUCCUAAAUUCGGACAUGUAAUACCCGUACAUAGAUACACAUGCCAGCGGUCGGCUUAUAUGUUGCCGUGUGAAUCCUUUCAUUUUCUUUGCAUUGAUAGAAAAGAGUGAUAAGAUAUUCUUACAACUGCCACAAAUGUAAGUUUCUAUUUUAAAUUGCAGUCCUUUUUCAAACCAAAAUUGCAGUUCUUUUUUUUUAUAUAGCA